AUGCUGGAUGGAAGGAAGGACGGAGGGAUGGAUGGAUGGUUGGAUGGAUGGAUACAAGAAGGCGAUAGGUGGUGGACAGCAGCAGCAGUAGAAGAAGAAGAAGUAAGAGCUAUAUUUGCUGACUACUGGUCUAGGUUUGGUUUGAUUGCUGCGGUACGACGACGGCACGCCCUCCGGCUGGGGCCUGGCCUGGCCUGGUUGGCCGACCUAACUAACUGCCUGCCAGGCAGCCAGCGUUUAGUUUCCAUUCUUGGCUCUGGACUCUUUCCGUCGUGUAUCGCUGGCCGCUGUUAG